GCUGACUCUCCCACAUGGAACGCUUCUGUCUGUGUCAACUUCUGUGACCAGUUCCUCUCACACGUCAAGAAAGUUGUACAAGAAGACAACCCCAGGCUUGUUUAUUUGUUUACAUGGAGACCGAACUGCCCUGUAACCCACACCGUACACAGGGACUCUGAGAACAGCUUCUUACCAGACUGGUACACACAAAGCUUCCAAACAACUUAGUUGAUAUGGGGCAAAGUUAAAGAAAUAUGCUAACAGUUAGUUACCAGGGCUCAAAUACUGGUUGCAUGUGCACCCAAGUGCAACCAAAAUUGGAACUGUGCACCCAAAUUUUUUCAGUGGGUGCACAGGGUUUUUCGGUUUAUGUAUGAAAAGAUAUCAAGUAUACUAAUAUACAUCAUAUUCUUGACAUCUAAGUGUGACAAAAAUAAUAAAAAUGUCUCAUGUUUCUUGUUU